AUGGACCAUACCCCCGUCCACUGUGUUCUCCUUCCUGCUCCACCGAGGACCAACAGCAGUCACACCUCCCUCCUGGACGGCGCGGGCGGAGAGAGAGUUGCUGCUGCUGGAAGCCGAGGGUCGCCGACUGUGGGGGCUCCGCACCUCCAUGUCCAUCACGCUGUGCUGUGGCAGUUCCUCUGCUGGCUGACCAGCAGCAGCCAGCAGCAGGAUCUCCUGAUCCCCUGGACGGGCGGAGACGAGAGUCUGCUGCUGGACGCCGAAGAGGUCGCACGACUGUGGGGGCUCCGCAAGAACAAGCACAACAUGAACUACGACAAACUGAGCCGAGCCCUGAGAUACUACUACGACAAGAACAUCAUAAAGAAGGUGAGCGGUCAGAAGUUUGUCUACAAGUUUGUCAGUCAGCCCGAUCCCUCCCUGCCUGAGGGGGUACGUAACGGAGAGGAGGGCCAGAGGAGGGACAACGCCGACCCAAACAGCCAAUCAAAAGGCUUCGGGGGCGUGGCCGCAACCUGUCCAUCAAAGGGCUUGCCCCAGCGCUCGUCACCCAGCAGCUCCCAGAAAAGCUCCAGAAACGACUACAUGAAGUCCGGCCUCUACUCCACCUUCACCAUCCAAUCGCUGCAAGCCUCGCCCAACCCACGGCCAAUCAAAACUGAGCUGCUGCUACAGCAGGACCCCGCGCCCAAGGUCGAUCGCACACCCAGAGAGGUCUGUGUAUUAUCAGAGUCUAAAUCCUCGCCUUCGGUAGGUGGAGCUGUUGACUCCGCUCUCCAGGUGAUUGUCACCCAGCCGUCUCCCUGUGCGACUCCGGCUCUAAGUCCUCAGAUACCAGCCAGCACCAACAGCCAAUCACAGAAUCCUCCUGCUCCUCCUCUGAGUGACCCUCCCCAGAUUUAUCUCACCGGCGUCGGGGAUCCAUCCUCCCUCACACCCCUCAUCCCCCUGGGUCCUGUCGGGGGAUCGGCGAGUCCUGCCCCCCCCCCACACGUUUCGAUGGGCCUCCAGGGGCCGCAGCAGGACGACUGUGUGGGAGCCACAAACCCUGCCAGCUUCCCACCUCACCCCCCCACUGCUUCUCAUCCAAGUCACCCCCCGCCUGUCUUCGUCAUCAUCAAACCCCCUCCCCCCCAGCAGCAGCAGCAGCAGCAGCAGCAACAGGCGGCCAUGGCGACUGCUCCUCUCUCUGUUGCUCCUCCUCCCGCCGUUCCUCCCCCUGCCCGUCCUCCUCCUCCCCCCAUUGUCAUCAAGGAGGAGAACCUGCCGUCAGAGGAGCUGCUGGAGAUGGUUUCUCUGGAGGAGAAACAGGUGGAGGAGGUUCCUCAGCUAAUCUGUGGCUCAAGGGAACCGGAGCCCCCCCUCACCAUCGCGGAGAGCCCGCCACCUCCCUGCAUGGAGCCCGGGGUCGGAGGUCAGCAGCCCGCAGAGGAGGAAGGAGCGGAGGGGGAGGGCACGGACACACUGUCAGAUCCCUCCAUCCCUCCGGUGACCUCCGUCUCAGCCGUGACCUCCACCUCGGACGCUGCUCCUCCCAAACCAAAGAAGCCACGGGGCCUGGAGCUGCCUUCCUCCCCCUCCCUCCCCCCCGGCCUCUCCCUGAUAAGGUCCGAAGUGAAUGCAGCUGUUAACAGUUUACUGGCUCCUGGAUCAGGGACCAACACGCUCACCCCGACUGUCAUCACGUCCCACGCUCUGACUCCGGUCCUGUUGACUCCCAGUCCUCUUCCCCCCACCAUCCACUUCUGGAGCACGCUCAGUCCCAUCGCUCCUCGCUCCCCGGCCAAACUCUCCUUCCAGUUUCCCACCAAUGGCAGUAAUCAGAUCCACAUCCCGGCUCUGAGCGUCGACGGUCUCUCCACCCCUGUUGUCCUCUCGCCCGGCCCCCAGAAACCCUGAGCUCCCUGCCCACCUCACACAGCUCCUCACCGGGCACGGAACUCACCUGACAGUCCCCUGGCCUCCUGGAGGGUCGCAGGAGAACUGGAUCUGGACUGACUCUGAAACCAGGAACCAGGAAGUGUUUAGGCGGCAUCGCCUGACCGGUAAGACCGGAAGAUUUGACGGUUUAUGGGGAACUUUCACCGGUGGAUCUGUUGACAGAUGGAGAAUCAUGGUCGAAACCAGACAGAGAUCAGUUCGGUGAACGCCGAGCCUCCGUCGAGCCUCCGAAGUCCUCCGCCGAUCCUUAGACAGAAUAUUUCAAAUGUGCAGGGAGCAGGUGGACGUCUGAGCUUCGUCCUCCUUAAAGCCUCCUCUCAUUCCUUUCAGAGUCUCUGCAGCGACCCUCGAACAAUAUGAUGAGGGGUUGUGGGGAAAACGGGAGGCUUCUCUUCACUUGAACGCGUCACGAGAAGCCGACAGUCUAAAGAUGACGAUGAUGUAUUUUUUCUUCUACUGAGAGCUGCAACUCAUGAUCUAACUUCAAGAUAAAGAUUUUUUUAACAGAUGUAACUGUUGAUGGUCUGCGAACUGUGAAAAAUCUUCGAACCGUUCCUUCAGUCCGACCGUCAGCCUGAAAACAAACAGCUUCACUUUAUAAUGAGAGAAACUGGAACCAGAUCGCGUUUGAAGUUUUUACUGGAGAAAUAAUGAAAUGAAAAACAUUCAUUAAAUAUCACAACUGA